AUGUCUCUCUACCUCUCAAGUGCCUUAUGCGUCACCUCAAGUGCCUCAUGCGUCCUCCUGAGCACCAGCAACACUGCAGGAACUCUUCCUGCUACUUUCUGCUUGCUUCCUUCUUCUUCCUUGCAUCUUUUGAUCGCUGUAAAUCAUGUUCUCCCCAGAUCUAUUGCGAAUGCGGUGGUAGGUGUGGCUGCAAUGGUGCUUCUUCAGGUGGCAGUUGUUAGGCUCAUGGGUUGCUUUAAGGUUUCAGUUAUGUUCGGUAUGUAA